CCAAUAAUCUGCCGCAGUUUACCCGGAACACUAUUGAUGUGCGACGGGGAGAAAAUGGCGGCGGCCAUGGUGCAAAUGGCUUGUCUGUACCGUGGGAUGUUGGCUGUGAGAGCUGCGGGCAUUCGACCUUUUAUUCCCGGACUUGUUUCAAAUCAGCUGCGGGCUUUUUCUAUGAAAAGGGAGCCAGAAUUAGAGGAAAACCCGUAUUAUAGUAAAUAUGAGGAGAAAAUUAGAAAACUGCGGAGCACCAAACCUCAAGAAUACAAAGCUCGACUUGAGAAGAGCAUUGAGAUAAAGACGGAACCUGUUGGACACUCGAAACAAGCUGACUUCAUUAAAUUCUUGGAGCAGGAGAAAGAUAAGACGGACAAAGCAGGACCUGGAGGUUUUACCAAAAACAAGACGUUAGAUUCCAUUCUCAACCUCGACAAGGUGAAGGACAAGUCUGGUCCUGAAGUUGGAGAGCUUUGGAUGAAUUACUACUCAACAAAAGACACAAUCAGUGCUGUCAUACCGGGCUCGACUUUUGAGAUGAUGAUCAACCGUGCCAAGUUGUGCCCAAUGUUUCUUUACGCUCUGCCCAGGAAAGAAGGCUACGAAUUCUUUCUGGGUCAGUGGGCUGGUCAGGAGCUUCACUUCACCUCCUUCAUCAAUGUUCAGACUUUGGGAGAGAACGCGCCGAGUCAGCUGAUUCUGUACCAUUACACGGACCUGAAGCAGGACAAGGACGUCGUGCUCAUGACGGCUGAGAAGGAUAGCAAGUUUAUCACUGUCCAUGAAGCUCAGUGCUUGGCCAAUCAGGUGCAGUUAUUUUAUGCAGCUCAAAGGCAGGAGACUUUCCAACUAGUCGAGACGUUCAAUCACAGACCAGCGGAGUUCAAGCACAUGUCUGUGAUUGCAGAGCUCGAGCAGAGCGGGAUAGGACAAAGGGUCACUGCAAAGUAACACCUGGUCCUGUGGGACAGAGGCCCAGACGAGACAUGCAUAAUGAAACGGAAGAGCACUGGAACAUCCUGGCAGGGAAACUGUCUCGUGUUGAUCCCUGCACUGAACUGACUGUGCUUUACUGCUGUCAUUCUGCAGUCUGAUUUCAUUUCUACAUCAGUCCUGAGGUCUAUUUCAUGUACCUCCAGUUCAAAGGCUUUAAUAACAUGGUGUGAUCUGAACUCGGCCGUGUGAUUGGUUUGUUUGCUUCUUGUGAAUUUGUAUGUAAAGCACUAAUGAGUCAAAGUUGUAUAAAAGAAUGUAUAAGUUUA